UAGAACCCACAGCUUGUAAAAGAAGGAGCAGAUUGAAACUACCCGUUUUGCAAUCGCUUUCUUUUGACUCCGCCCAUUUUAUUGUCUGCACUCUGCACCAAUAUUCAUUCAAUGCCACCACCUCAACUUUCUCUACUUAAUUCUGGUGGUUUUCCGCUCAUCUACCUCACCCACACUUCACACUUCUCUCUCGCUAUUUAUCUUAAAUCUUAAAUCAAACGCUCUUCACGUUUCCCUCAUAUACCCCUUUCUCGCGCACCACACUCUCCAUCUCACCAUGGAAUGCUGCAUAAUCGCCAGACUCAAAGCGCAACCCCUCUGGUUCGCCGCGCUCUUCAUCGUCGGUUUAGUAACCAUUCUCAAACUGGCUUUGCUUCUCGUCAAAUGGGUCUACGUCAAUUUCCUCAGACCCCCCAAGAACCUCAAAAAGUACGGAUCUUGGGCCCUCGUGACGGGCCCCACCGACGGCAUUGGAAAAAGCUUCGCUUUUGAGCUCGCGCGCAAGGGUUUGAACCUCGUCCUCGUCGGUCGGAGCCCCGAGAAGCUGAAGAGCGUGUCGGAUUCGAUUUCGGCCAAGUUCGGGAAAAUCGAGGUGAGGACCGUGGUGGUGGAUUUCGCGGCGGAUCUCGACGAGGGCGUGGCGAGGAUCGGGGCGGCGAUCGAGGGGUUGGAUGUUGGGGUGUUGGUUAACAACGUGGGAGUGUCGUACCCUUAUGCGAGAUUCUUCCACGAGGUGGAUGAGGGGUUGCUCAACAAUUUGAUUAAGGUUAAUGUUGUGGGGACUACUAAGGUUACCCAGGUUGUGCUGCCUGGCAUGCUCAAGAGGAAGAAGGGGGCCAUUGUUAACAUUGGCUCUGGAGCUGCUAUUGUGAUUCCCUCUGAUCCUCUUUAUGCUGUUUAUGCUGCCACCAAAGCGUACAUCGAUCAAUUUUCCAGAUGUCUCUAUGUUGAAUACAAGAAGAGUGGGAUUGACGUUCAGUGUCAGGUUCCAUUGUACGUGGCAACUAAGAUGGCAUCAAUCAGGAGAUCUUCAUUCUUUGUGCCAUCAACAGAUGGGUAUGCGAGAGCAGGUGUGAGAUGGAUAGGGUAUGAGCCUCGUUGCACACCAUACUGGCCACACACUCUUCUUUGGGCUGUGGCAUACUCAUUGCCUGAGUUUGUUGUUGAUGCUUGGCGCCUGUGGUUUUGCUUGGGUAUUAGAAAGAGGGGACAGCGCAAAGAUGCCACCAAGAAGGAAUAAGACUGAGACUAUGCUUGGUUGGUUUUGCUGUGUAGGCAAUAGAUGCUACUCAUCAUUAGUUGAUUAAGGAUUCCAAGUACCUGCUAUGUUCCUCAUUUUCAUCUUACUGUGGUUAGUGUCUUUUUGGUAUCAGUUGUGUGGCCUAUUCUUUUUAGUCACCCGUUUUGGGUGUUUAAGUUCACUGUUCUAGUACUGUGUUGGACUGAUCAUAUAUUGAAAUAUCUUUUAACUUGGUUUUCUC